CAUGUGAGAUUCUACAUCUUUUGUGUUCGAAGAUUCAAGAGAACGAGCACAGUGGAAUUGGCCCUGAACCUUUGAGCUUUUGAUCUUAGAUUAUUGUUUGAAGAUGGGUGUCGCACAAAAGACUCCUGACAUGGAGGAAGGAUCAUUGGAGAUUGGAAUUGAGUACAGAACUGUCUCUGGUGUUGCUGGCCCACUCGUUAUCUUGGAGAAAGUUAAGGGUCCGAAAUACCAAGAGAUUGUCAACAUACGUCUAGGAGAUGGCACAAAUCGACGUGGUCAGGUUCUGGAAGUUGAUGGAGAGAAAGCUGUUGUGCAGGUUUUUGAAGGAACUUCAGGAAUCGACAACAAAUUUACAACUAUACAGUUCACUGGGGAGGUUCUGAAAACUCCAGUCUCUUUGGAUAUGCUCGGGCGUAUUUUCAAUGGAUCUGGAAAACCUAUUGAUAAUGGUCCUCCUAUAUUGCCUGAAGCAUACUUGGAUAUCUCAGGAAGUUCUAUCAAUCCUAGUGAGAGAACAUACCCUGAAGAAAUGAUUCAGACUGGGAUAUCCACUAUAGAUGUUAUGAAUUCCAUUGCCAGAGGACAGAAGAUUCCUCUCUUCUCUGCUGCUGGGCUUCCUCAUAAUGAGAUUGCGGCUCAGAUUUGUCGUCAAGCCGGUCUUGUAAAGCGGAAGGAGAAGUCUGGAAAUCUACUCGAGGAUCGGGAAGAUGACAAUUUUGCUAUUGUAUUUGCUGCCAUGGGAGUAAACAUGGAGACUGCCCAAUUUUUUAAGCGCGAUUUUGAGGAAAAUGGGUCAAUGGAGAGAGUUACUCUUUUCCUAAACCUGGCAAAUGACCCUACUAUUGAGCGUAUUAUCACUCCUCGUAUUGCACUGACAACAGCAGAAUAUUUGGCCUAUGAGUGUGGGAAGCAUGUUUUGGUCAUUCUAACAGAUAUGAGUUCAUAUGCAGAUGCACUUCGUGAGAUAUCUGCUGCUCGAGAAGAGGUGCCUGGUCGACGUGGGUAUCCUGGGUACAUGUACACUGAUUUGGCAACCAUUUACGAGCGUGCUGGACGUAUUCAAGGACGAAAAGGCUCUAUCACACAGAUCCCUAUUUUGACCAUGCCUAAUGAUGAUAUCACACAUCCCACCCCAGAUCUUACCGGUUACAUUACUGAAGGGCAAAUAUACAUUGAUAGACAACUUCAAAAUCGGCAGAUAUACCCACCAAUUAACGUGCUCCCUUCUCUAUCGCGAUUGAUGAAGAGUGCCAUUGGUGAGGGGAUGACGCGUAAAGACCAUGCUGAUGUGUCUAACCAGCUGUAUGCAAACUAUGCUAUUGGGAAGGAUGUCCAAGCAAUGAAGGCCGUGGUGGGAGAGGAAGCACUCUCUUCCGAAGACUUGCUAUACCUUGAGUUCCUCGACAAGUUUGAGAGGAAGUUUGUGGCUCAGGGAGCCUAUGACACCCGUGACGUUUUCCAAUCCCUUGAUUUGGCAUGGACCCUUCUCAGGAUCUUCCCUCGUGAGCUUCUUCACCGUAUCCCUGCCAAGAUUUUGGACGAGUUCUAUAACCGAGAUUCAGCUCAGGCCGCCAACUGAUGCCUCUUCUUGCUUUCUCUUGCCUCUCUCUCCAUGUUGUUUCAAUAUCAGGGUAAUCCUUCUAUUCCAUGCUCCUAUAUUUGUUUCUCUCACCUCUCUCGCUAUAUUCUAGUUGCUCUCUCUCACACCUCCAGAAGAACAAAUAAAGUGGGAACCCCUCCCCAUAGGGGGGUUUAAUCUUCAGAGGAUUAUCCAUCUAUAAUUUGUUGAUUUUAUCAGGGGCCCUCGGGGUAUUUGUCAGACCAUUAUGAAUGUGUAUUUAUGGAGUUUAAUGUAUAAGGUAUUUGUGGAUUUUGUAUUCAUUUUGUUUCUGUUGGUGGGUUCUAAUAUUGGAAUGGUUUAUUAUCUGAUAUGAAGAAGUGAAGAGUUUUUGGUUUGUCA